AUGGGUUCAUGCAUAGCAAAGAAACAAAAGGAAGAGGUUCACAGCAGAAAUACUUCAAAAUUAAAAGUAGUCAUCCCCAAAAACCAAAUGUUGGAAAGCAACCCUGUCUAUGCUGAAAUGCCUUUCGAUUAGGGGGAUUGCUUUCAAUUAAAUAAGAACUUAUUCAAGGACGAAUACAUAUUGAUUGAUUCCCAUCCUUUUCUGUCCACAGAAUAUGGGAUUUAUCAGUGGUGCUAUAGCAAAAAGACCGAUUCUCGAAAGCUUGUCAAAACCAUAAAAAAAACGGAAGAUCCCAAAUCAGAUGAACCCGUUCUGAUCCUGAAAAACAUUCACAUGAUGCAAUAUCUAGAUCAUCCGAAUAUUGCCAAAAUGAUCGAAUACUUUAAUGAAAGUUUACACUAUUACAUCGUUUAUGAGGAUUAUGAAGGCGGUAAUCUAUUGAGUAAGAUGAUAACCAGAGGAGAAAACCCAUAACAAAUGGCUGCCAUCAUCAUAGAGUAAGUUUUAAGCACACUUUUGUAUUUACAUUCAAAAAAUAUCAUUUAUCGUUUUCUGAAUCACAACACCCUUCUCUGUGAUGAUAAACUCAAUAUCACCUUUGUAGAAUUCGGGGCUGCCAAAAAAAUCUCACAAUAUAUAUAACUACCAGUCGGAGAUCAACAUUAUUAAUCACCAGAAAUGUUGAAUGGAAAUUAUAGUUUUAAAUCCGAUAUUUGGGCUGUUGGAGUGCUCUUACAUUUCCUACUCUCUGGAGCCAUGCCAUUCGAUGGUGUCAUGGCAUCAUCCAUUAAGAAUUCUAUUAUGAGAGGCAUAGUCAAAUUAGAAGAUACCUUCGAUUGGGAUAAAAUCCCAGAUGCAAAAGAAUUUGUCAGAAAACUGUUAAACUUCUCAUAAAAUCAACGACCAUCUGCUGCUGAUGCUCUCAAGGACAGAUGGAUUGAAAAAGCAAAAUUAAAAAAAUUGGCCUUGAAAAUAAAUCCUGCCUUAACCAAUCUUCGUAAAUUCUAGAAAUGUGAGGUCUUAGUGGAAGCCAUCAUCAUGUAAAUAGUUUAAAUGACUCUAACUUAAGAAUAGAAGGGAGAGAUCUUAUAAAUAUUUUAGGAAUUUGACUAAAAUAGAGAUGGCAAAAUUUCAACUUAAGAACUAAUUGAAGGUACUUAUUGCAUCAUAGAUAGAGGAUAUAAAAAAUAUUAAACGAGUACCAAGUUGGAGGAUCAGGACAUUGAAAAAUUGGUUAAGAAGAUUGACUCCAAUGGAAAUGGCUAUCUAGACUAUACUGAAUUCUUAUUGGCUUGUCAAGACAAGAAGAAAUUAUUGACAGUCGAGAAAUUGAAACUGGUCUUCGCUUAAUUGGAUGUGGAUAAGGAUAAUGCCUUGUCCAUGAUGGAAAUGAGAAGAAUAUUUGGAGGCAAUAGAAUUAGCGAUAAAAAUUGGCAUAAUAUUCUUAGCAAAACCAAUUUAAAAUAAAAAUCUGUCUUAACAGAAUAAGAGUUCUUAGAAUUUAUAAUCAAAACUAUGUAAAAUGAUCAUUCCUUCUAGUGA